GCGAGCUUUCAUGAUGGUUCCUUUUCAAAUUGCAACCCUAACCCUAAUCGUAACCCUAACGAGCCAAAUUCCCUUGCUUCGUUCUCACAUCUGAUAAAAAGAGCAUAGUAUAGAACAUGGACGUCAAUGAUCCUCCGGCGACCGAGUCAGGCGAACAACCGGUUCGUUUCGAUCCAAGCCGAAUGAUUGGAAUAAUUAAAAGAAAGAAGUUAAUAAAAGAUCUUGCUGCUGCCUACCACAAAGAGUGCAUGGCACAUUGCCAAGAACUUCUGCAGCUGCAAAGGAAGUGGGAAGAGCAGCAACAAUAUGCUGAACGAAGAGCUAUGGAGGAGACGAGAAAGCAGGCAAUGAGGCCUCCAAAGCGGCAAAGGAAAGGGGCAUAGUAAUUAUGUAGGGCCUAUAAGUCUUUUCCUGACUGACUGUAAAAUCAUCUUUUGCCCAUCUGAUUGAAGUGUUAUCGGCCUUCACUUUCUGCAGAUUAAGAUUUGCGAUGAAUGCAUUUUAUUACUAAUAUGUUGCCAUAUUCGGCUGGCAUUUUUUGGACCACCUGAUUUUGUUGCAAAAUGCAACCAUAUUUGUAAUGAAGUCUGAAGUCUUAUUAGAAUUUACUUCUAGGAUUCAGAGUUUAGAAAUGCUUUUCUCCGAGUAAAGAUUUGCAAAUUGCUGUCC